AGGGGAGGGCCUCUCCAGAUUCACCAACCGAAGCAAAGCCCCUAUGCCAAACAGAGGGGGACCCCAAAAAGAUCCCCAGGCCAAGGUCAGCACCCGUUGGACCUCAGAGCCCACCCAGAAGGUCAGUCAGCGCCCCCCCCGUACAGCGCAAGACUGCUGUGCUCAACAAGGAGAACAGACCAAGAGACCCGUACUCACCUCUUCUGGACAGUGUCAGACCAGAAGGCAAGACAGACAAGCUGGCCGCAGUGAGGCCCAGAGUCCUGGGCAGUCAUCAGAGACAGAACAUUGAGAUGACUAACUGUCUAAGGCCAAUGGAGGUGAUUAGUAACAAGGUGGGCGGGACUUCUCAACCUGUGAGUAGAACUCCUGCAGCUGUAACUAAACAGUUUGGGCUUGAGGAGAGGACUGGAGCACUGCAAAGGAAUGGAAGUGGUCCAUCGAGACCGGAUGGAGCAGCAGAGGGAAAAUCAGGUGUUCCGGAGUAUUCCUUUGAGCUGUCAUUCCAGGAGAAGCUGCAGCACUGGGACUGUGACCGUCAGAAGGAGAGUGUGGAGCUGGGGGAGUUUGAGCUGCUGGAGCAGGCAGCCGAGGAACUCUCCUUCUCCUCCAACUCAUCCUUUGUCAUGAAGGUGCUGCAGCUGGACCAGCAACAUCCCCUUCAGGGCAGCAGGGGGAGCCGUCCGCGACGCCUCUCCUCCACGCCCAUCAAAUCCCCCUCGCUGCCUAAAGGGGUUCACAGCUGGGGCACCAGUAGAAGUGGCCAAGGUACAGGGACCAGCUCAUCUGAAUCACCAGGAGUAUCUGCUGUGAGGGUAAUGAGGGAAAACAGCAAAGCCACUGAUGAGGAGGAAGAAGAUGAAGUGAGCGACGGCAAACAUGAGGAAAUCUCUGACAUCUUGUUCCGCAGCAGCUCUGAAUUCGGGGAUCGGGAGGAAGUAGCUCAACCGUCAUACCAGACUACAGUUUCCAGCAACCUCUGGGAAAACCCGCUCCCCGCAUCCAACCCUCCAUACGACAAGAGGUCAUAUCAGGACAGAGAGGGAGGCUCAAGCCAGGCAGAGGAGGGCGGGCAGAGUGACCUUGACGACUCCACCCUUUUGGAGGACAGAGAAAAUGGGGACCACGAGGGUCUGUUGGUGUUUGAUGAUGAUGACACCUGGAACGACCUGGAGGAGGCUGGCAGCAUCGUUGAGGACGACAGCAGAACAAGAGGCGCUGCAACAGGAAACCGACACACUUCCACAGCAACAGUGAAUGACAUUUCACCCUCAGAGAGGACACUGAAGAGAAAGGUGGCUGUGGCCAAAGGGACGGAGCUGGAGAGGAUGUCUGUUAUCACAGCAGCCAACCAGGAGCCAGAUCCUCCUCCCGCUUCCCAGCUCAUGGCCAGGCUGUUCCCCUCGCUAAAGCCCAAAACCCAGGCCCCUUCUCCACCAGAACCUAGAAAGACUGAGGACGGAUCAGGCCAGCAGCAGUCCAGGCAGCUGAGGGAGAGGCUGGUGGAGCUGGAGCUGGAGAUUGAACGUUUCAGGACAGAGAAUGCUGCCUUGGCCAGACUCAGACAGGAGAACGAAAAGAACCAGGAGAAACUCCGGAAGGAGUGUGCUGAUUUUGAGCAGCGCAAGGCUGAGGAGCUGGCCAAGUUUGAGGAGUUCAAGAGGGAGGAGACCAAGAAGCUGCAGAAGGAACGCAAGGUGUUUGAGAGGCAUGCCUCUGCCGCCAGAGCCAUACCAGACAAGAGGGAGCGUGACGAGAUCCAGGCCAUGAAGAAGCAGCUGAGUUUCCUGCAGGAGGAGUUGAAGCGGAGAGAGAGCCGCUGGUCCACCACACAUAAUCGUCUCCGGCAGCAGAUAGACUCCCUGAGCUCAGACAACAGCAACCUGAAAGACGAGGUCCGCACCAUGGAGAAACUACGCCUCAGCACCUGGAGGAAGAUUGGGACAGACAGCGAAAGAGAGAACGACAGGAGGGAGAAGGAGAGGGGGAGGGAGGGAUCCAGGCCGUUGGACAGUUACAUUGCUCUUGAAGCCAGGUGCCUCAAAUUGGCAAGUCCUCCUGACACGGUGAGGAGCAGCCAACCACAGAGCAGCAUCUCCUCUAAAGGCAGCCCAUCAGGACACAGCCCCACCACUCAAGGAGGUAUCAGGGGCAUCCUGAAGAGGUCAGGCCCUACACCAGCACCCAGCCCCGCACACAGUUACAGCUCAGAGGAUAGACCAGAAUCUUUGACCAGGAGCCAUCACCCAGCACAGAGCCACGACCACUCAAACAACCUGUCCCCUAGAGCUCGAGGUCUGCAGACUGAGACAGAGGUCAAAGAGCAACAAGAGCCAGGUCAAGAUGUCCUCACCCACUCUGAUGGAAAGAUGGAGAGGGUUCUGCCCUGUGGAGGGAGACUCAUCAUCUUUCCCAAUGGGACCAGGAAGGAGGUGUCAGCGGACGGACUGACAGUCAAAGUCACCUUCUUCAACGGGGACAUCAAGCAGGUCAUGGCUGACCAGAGAGUGAUCUACUACUAUGCGGAUGCCCAGACCACUCACACCACCUAUCCUGAUGGCAUCGAGGUUCUGCAGUUCCCCAACAACCAGACUGAGAAGCAUUUCCCUGAUGGCCGGAAGGAGAUCACAUUCCCUGACCAGACAGUCAAGAACCUCUAUCCAGAUGGGAGGGAGGAGAGUGUCCUCACUGACGGGACCAUCAUACAAGUUAACUUGGAUGGCAGUAAGGAGAUCCAGUUCAACACAGGCCAGAAGGAGAUCCACACAGCAGACUAUAAGAGGAGGGAGUACCCAGAUGGCACGUUGAAGACAGUCUAUACCGAUGGCAGACAGGAGACCCGCUACCCCACCGGACGCCUCAGAGUUAAAGACAAGGAUGGUAACAUUGUCAUGGACAACAGGCCCUAGGAUUGUUUAUGCAAUAUGAGGUAUCGUCAUCGGAACUAAAGCUGAAGCACAGUUGAACAUUUAUGUUGGUGUGAGUUGUUUGACAUAGGUUUUUAGUAUGUUUGAGUUGAAUGUAGUGAUGAGUGACUUGUAAAAAAUGUCUAAUCCAUAUUUAUUUUCUUAGUUGAUUGUAUUUUUUUGGUAAAAUAAAUGUUUAAUCAAAUCA